CCCCGCCCCCCCUCCCCCGUCGGUAGCGGCUCCGGCGGGCGCCGCCGCGGCCAUGGACUGAGCGGCACCAUGGGCGCCAAGGAGUCCCGCAUCGGCUUCCUCGGCUACGACGAGGCCCUGCGGAGGGUUACAGACAUAGAACUGAAGAGGCUCAAAGAUGCUUUCAAGAGAACUUGUGGCCUCUCCUAUUAUAUGACCCAGCAGUGCUUCAUCAGGGAAGUUCUGGGUGAUGGGGUCCCUCCCAAAGUUGCUGAGGUUAUCUACUGUUCAUUUGGAGGAAUAUCCAAAGGGCUGCACUUCAAUAACUUGAUAGUUGGAUUAGUUCUACUGACAAGAGGCAAAGAGGAGGAAAAAACAAAAUAUAUUUUCAGCCUCUUCUCUAAUGAAUCUGGGAGUUAUGUGGUCCGUGAAGAGAUGGAGAAGAUGCUGCAUGUGGUUGAUGGGAAGGUCCCAGAGUCACUCAAGAAAUGCUUCUCUGAGGGUGAGAAGGUGAACUAUGAGAAGUUCAGGGUUUGGCUGCUGCACAACAAAGACGCGUUCACCUUCUCGCGGUGGCUGCUCUCAGGAGGGGUCUAUGUCACCCUCACUGAUGACAGUGACACCCCAACCUUCUACCAGACCCUGGCUGGAGUCACACACUUGGAGGAAUCCGACAUCAUCGACCUGGAGAAGCGCUACUGGCUGCUGAAGGCUCAGUCCCGGACCGGGCGCUUCGAUUUGGAGACUUUUGCCCCCCUGGUGUCGCCCCCAAUCCAUCAAUCCCUGAGUGAAGGUUUGUUUAAUGCUUUUGAUGAAAACCGAGACAAUCACAUAGAUUUUAAAGAAAUUUCCUGUGGGCUCUCAGCAUGUUGCAGGGGACCCUUGGCAGAGAGACAGAAGUUUUGCUUCAAGGUGUUUGACGUGGACCGAGAUGGGGUCUUGUCCCGCACCGAGCUCAAGGACAUGGUGGUGGCACUUUUAGAGGUCUGGAAAGACAACAGGACAGACAAGAUACCUCUCGGACACCUCACUCUGGAGGACUACCAGAUAUGGAGUGUGAAGAGUGCUCUUGCCAAUGAAUUUUUAAAUCUGCUUUUUCAGGUGUGUCACAUUGUUCUGGGCCUGCGACCUGCCACCCCAGAGGAGGAAGGACAGAUUAUUAGAGGCUGGUUGGAAAGAGAGAGCAGGUAUGGCCUCCAGCCAGGGCACAACUGGUUUCUCAUUGCCAUGCCCUGGUGGCACCAGUGGAAAGAAUAUGUCAAAUAUGAUGCAAACCCAGUUGUGAUAGAGCCUUCAUCUGUCUUGAGUGGAGGUAAGAACCCCCUGGUAGCUGCUGCAGCCAAUACCCCAGAGCAGGGAGAAGACAAAAUGGGAGGUCUUAAUGACUUCAGUGCUCCAGAAGAAAAGUUUUCAGAUAAUAUUUCCACUGCCUCAGAAGCCUCAGAGUCCACCAGCAGCAAUGCUCUGUACCCUGGCAGCCCAGGCUCUGAGGUGAGCUUUGCAAGGCAGCACAACACUUCAGACAAUAACAACCAGUGUUUCCUGGGCUCCAAUGGGAAUGCUCUGCUGCAGCUGAACCCCCAGAAACCAGGAGCUAUUGAUAACCAGCCCCUGGUGACCCAGGAGCCAGUCAAGGCUGCAUCAUUAACCAUGGAGGGUGGAAGGUUGAAGAGAUCCCCACAGCUGGUGGAAGGAAAGGAUUAUGUGAUGGUGCCAGAGCCAGUGUGGAGAGCACUUUACCACUGGUAUGGGGCAAACCUGUCCUUGCCCAGGCCGGUGAUCAAGAACAGCAAGACCAACGUGCCAGAGCUGGAGCUGUUCCCUCGGUACCUGCUGUUCCUGCGGCAGCAGCCGGCCACGCGCACCCAGCAGUCCAACGUCUGGGUCAAUAUGGAACUAUCUCACUUUGCUGGAUGAUGAAGAUCACAGACUGGAAUACCUUAAAAUCCAAGAUGAGCAGCAUUUAGUAAUAGAAGUUCGAAACAAAGACAUGAGCUGGCCAGAGGAGAUGUCUUUUAUAGCAAACAGCAGCAAGAUAGACAGACACAAAGUUCCUACUGAGAAGGGAGCUACAGGCCUGAGCAACCUGGGGAACACGUGUUUCAUGAACUCCAGCAUCCAGUGUGUCAGCAACACACAGCCCCUGACCCGGUACUUCAUCUCAGGGAGGCAUCUCUACGAGCUGAACAGGACAAAUCCCAUAGGAAUGAAAGGACACAUGGCCAAGUGCUAUGGGGAUUUGGUGCAGGAGCUGUGGAGUGGCACCCAGAAGAACAUAGCCCCCUUAAAGCUGAGGUGGACAAUAGCAAAAUAUGCUCCAAGGUUUAAUGGCUUUCAACAGCAAGACUCCCAGGAGCUUCUGGCUUUUCUCCUGGAUGGGCUCCAUGAGGACUUGAACAGAGUUCAUGAUAAGCCAUAUGUGGAGCUGAAGGACAGCGAUGGGCGGCCAGACUGGGAGGUGGCAGCAGAGGCCUGGGAAAACCAUCUGAGAAGAAACAGAUCCAUUGUUGUAGAUUUAUUUCACGGGCAGCUGAAGUCACAAGUGAAAUGUAAAACUUGUGGGCAUAUUAGUGUUAGGUUUGACCCUUUUAAUUUUUUAUCCUUGCCUUUGCCAAUGGACAGCUACAUGCACCUAGAAAUUACAGUCAUUAAAUUAGAUGGUACCACUCCUGUUCGAUAUGGGCUGAGACUGAACAUGGAUGAGAAGUACACAGGCUUGAAAAAGCAGCUGAGUGAACUCUGUGGCCUCAAACCAGAGCAGAUUCUGCUUGCAGAGGUGCACAGCUCCAAUAUAAAGAACUUCCCCCAGGACAACCAGAAGGUCCGUCUGUCCGUCAGCGGCUUCCUGUGUGCGUUUGAGAUCCCCAUCCCAGGCUCCCCCACCUCAGCAUCCAGCCCUGUGCAGACAGAGACCUCCACUGGGCCCUCGGCCAACGGAGCCCCCACCAUCCUGAUGAACGGGGACAUCCCCAAGCCAAGCCUGAUUCCCAACGGGAUGCCAAACACUGUGGUGCCAUGUGGGACAGAGCGCAGCUGGACCCUCAAUGGCCACGUGCCCUCGCUGUGUGACAGCCCCUGCACAGGCUACAUCAUUGCAGUGCACAGGAAAAUGAUGAGGACAGAGCUGUAUUUUCUCUCAUCUCAGAAGAACAGGCCCAGUCUCUUUGGGAUGCCCCUGAUUGUUCCCUGCACAGUUCACACCCGGAAAAGGGACCUCUAUGAUGCUGUGUGGAUCCAGGUUUCCAGGCUGGCCAGCCCCCUCCCUCCUCAGGAAGCCAGUAACCAUGCACAGGACUGUGAUGACAGCAUGGGGUAUCAGUACCCCUUCACCCUCAGGGUAGUUCAGAAGGAUGGAAAUUCUUGUGCUUGGUGUCCAUGGUACAGGUUCUGCCGUGGCUGCAGGAUUGAGUGCUCAGAGGACAGGGCCUGUGUGGGCAAUGCCUACAUUGCUGUGGACUGGGACCCCACCGCGCUGCACCUGCGCUACCAGACCUCGCAGGAACGGAUUGUGGAAGAACAUGAAAGUGUUGAGCAAAGCCGGCGAGCCCAGGCAGAGCCCAUCAACCUGGACAGCUGCCUGAGAGCCUUCACCAGCGAGGAGGAGCUGGGCGAGGAUGAGAUGUACUACUGCUCCAAGUGCAAGACCCACUGUCUGGCCACCAAGAAACUGGAUCUCUGGAGACUUCCCCCUAUUUUGAUCAUCCACCUGAAAAGAUUCCAGUUCGUUAACGGCCGCUGGAUAAAAUCCCAGAAAAUUGUUAAAUUUCCCAGAGAAAACUUUGACCCAAGUGCCUUUUUGGUACAAAGGGAUCCGAGUCAUUUCCAAAGGAAGCAGCUCACCCUGCAGGUUGAGAGCCUUCCUGAAGCACGGCCUGGCCAGGGGGACAGCAGGAAAGCAGAUGUGCAGAGCAGUGGCACAGCAGGAGAAGGGGACACACUGAACAGGAGUCCAUCCUCCCUGAACACUUCUGUCCUCAAUAACGUCAAAGCAUCUCCAUCCUUGGGGAGGAAAAGUGGAACCAGCUGCCCCUCAAGCAAAAACAGCAGCCCCAACAGCAGCCCAAGGACUUUGGGGAGAGGCAAAGGGCGCCUGCGGCUGCCCCAGCUGGGGAAAAACAAACUGUCCAGCAGCAAGGAAAACCUGGCUGCCAGCAGGGAGAACGGUGCUGAGCACGAGCAGGGGGAUGGCCUGACUAAAGGACAGGCCCUGGGGGGCAGCCAGAGCGAGCUGUACCCCGGGCAGGACAGCGAGGGGGCUCUGGCCAACGGGUACCUGUGGGAGCAGAGCUCGCUCAGCAACGGGCAGGGCGAGAACCACAGCGAGGACGACACCGCCGACGACCAAAGAGACAGAGACGACGUCUGGGUCAACCCCAUCUACAACCUAUAUGCAAUCUCGUGCCAUUCAGGAAUUAUGGGAGGGGGUCAUUAUGUCACUUAUGCCAAAAACCCGAACAACAAGUGGUACUGCUACAAUGACAGCAGCUGCAAGGAGUUGCACCCGGACGAGAUCGACACGGACUCUGCCUACAUUCUGUUCUACGAGCAGCAGGGGGUGGACUAUGCCCAGUUCCUGCCCAAGAUCGAUGGCAAGAAGAUGGCAGACACGAGCAGCAUGGACGAGGACUUCGAGUCCGACUACAAGAAGUACUGUGUGCUGCAGUGAGCCUGAGCUCCUGGGCUGGGCUGGGCUGGGCUGGGCUGGGGGAGAAGCCCUGGGAUGUGCCCCUGGGGAGGCCCUGACUGAGCCAGAGAGCAGCUUGUGGUUGUCAUUGUCCCCUGUGAGCUGAAAGCACAAAAAGAGCCCCUGGUUAAGCAGUUAAUAUCCAGUAGUAUUGUUUUGUUCUGUUUUCUCACUACAUGCUCGAAAACGUUUCUGAUGUUGGACAUCUGAGACUGCCACUGGCCUUUAAAUCCAAUGGUUUGAGAAGAGCCAACUAGGACCAAAUAAGAGCUAAAUUAAACAUCCAAAUAAGAGCUAAACAGAGUAGUGUAGAGUUUACCAACUGUUCUAACACCCCCCGAGGCUCUGGUUAGGUUUAAGGUAACGGGGAAAAACAAUUUCUAGUGUUGUCUUUGGACAACAUGAUAUUGCUACCUCCUUUUUCCUGCAGUUUUAUUGCAUUUUAUUGGCAAAACAGGGAAGGCAAGAGAAGGAAAAGUGCACAAAUGGAAACAAAUUAUUGCCAUGGGGAAGAGAAGUUUCCAGUUUUGCCACCACUAAUGUGUGUCAGUUGCUUUCUUUCUGUAUGUUGGGAGCACAACCAAAUCAUCAUUUGAGAGGAGAUUAAUUUCUACACUUGAAUGGUUUUAUUAUACUUGUGUUUUCUCCACGUGUUGGCUGUGCAGAUCAACAUGUUUCAGGAAUGGCUUUUCUGCCUGAAGAGUGCUGGCUCAAACUUUUUUGAGCUGCCUCAAGAAGAAACUUCAGGUUGGAGAGAGUAGUUGUGAUUACACUCACGGUGUCUUAAAAUGUGCACAUUGCACAGAACGUUCCCAGCUUUUGGAAGGAGAGAUGCUUGAGCUUAUGUUUCAUGACUGGUGUUGCUUUUGAAAUUUGCACUUUUGAAAAUGCAUCAGAUUCAAUUGAAAGCCACGUUUGUUUGGUUUUGUUGUUGUUGUUGUAAGGGCUCUGGAGUGAAUGGCUGUGAGUAUCCACUGUGUAUUUCCAAGGAAGAAGCUGUGGCUGUCAGGUAGCUGUCGUAGCAUUCAUGGAUGGAGGUGUUUUUUUUAUUGGUUUCCUAACUCAGUUUCUUGUUUUCAAAAUUUGAUUGCCUUUUCAAAUUAUCUUCUUUUUGUUUGUUUGUUACACCAGGUUAUGCAAAUACUUGCAAUUAAACCAGACUUGCUUUCCAUGCCCUUGCAACAUGCUCUGUAAUUCAAGGGGCUUCUUGCAUGAAGGGAAGUGUGACUGAGUCUUAGCAGAGACUGGAAAAAAAGAGAAUUGUUUUUUUUUGAGCAGGCAUUUCUUUAAACAUUUUCAGUGUUAAAUUGUUUGCAUAUCUGAAUGAAGAUAAAAUUUUCACUCUUUUGGCCUUUUGUUCUUCAGCUGAGCUUAAGCAGCUUAUUAAUUUUGUCAUGCAUCAUCUUCCCAGUUCUCUAGAUUUUUGUACCUUCGCUAACAAAACUGUUACUCACAUGGUUUUCUGCCAUUAAUGUUUGGAUUCAUUUUGGGGUGUUUGACAAGAAUGGCAAACCUUGGGCAGUUUCUCAUUUCCAGGAGGAUCUGGGGUUUAUUAUCCAUGGAGGAAAUGCUGUGGCUGUCUGCCCAGGCAGAGCCCUGCCAGCCCGUGCAGGCUGUGCCUCGUUGGGGACAGCAGAUCUGUUCCAAAAUGAGUCUUGUCUUACCUGUCAGGUGUUGCUCCUUAUCCUCUAUGGUCUUUUAUCUUUAAAGUGGUCUGAACAUUGAGCCUAAAGAGAAGCAGACAUGACUAGUGAAUUUCUAGGUUAGAAGCUUUUUCAACACCCACUUGUCUACUCCUCCCUCCGCAAACUCCAUGAAAAGUGAAAGAUUUUCAACUGAUUUACUUUAAAAUGUUUUAUUUAAGCAGGUAGCACAAUCUACUAAUGUUAUUUGAUCUUCUGUGUUUGUUACAUUGGUUGUAAUUAAUUUUUUAAAUUAAAUUAAUUCAAGAAUUAGUAGUAAAUUUAUUAAGUUAACUAUUAACUACAUUCACUUUGUAAAUUAUUGUAUAAAACUUAUUGACAAUGCACUGACUUUAGAAAGAUGUUAAUGUACAUAAAUGCCUUGUAAAUAAAAUAGUGUUGAUGUACUGGAAUAUGAGCUGUAUUAAAACAAAGGUAUUGGUAAUUGUAUAUGGAGUGAACCUGUUUAUCUGUAACUAUAUUAUUCAAACAAAUUAAAUACUGUGGAUGCAGAUGAAGUGUCA